GUAAAAAAAUAAAAAAAAGAAGACAAAAGGGGAAAAGGGAUUUCCCCAACCCUAAUUUUCUUCGAUUUCUUCUCUUCUUCGCCGUGGAGGUCUCCUUCAAUGGCGAUUCUUCACUGACACUCCCCUUUCUCUUGUGUUCUUCAAUUUCUUGUGUUCUUCGAUCUCUCUUGUCUCUAAUCUCUUCUCACCGCAUCUUCCUCUUCAAUAUCUUCUGUUCUUCCUCUUCGUCUCUUAUCAAUCCUGACGAAAUCGGACUCUUCCUUCUCACAAGAUAUGUCUGAGGAGCUACCAAAGAGGAUUUUUAAUGAGGGCGACGAGCCCCAAGUGACUCAGAUCAAUAACAACUGCAGGAUCGACUACAUUAUCAAGAAGUUCGAGAAGUGGAUGCCAAAGGAGUUUGCUGAUGUGAAGAAAGAUCCGGUUUUCUCUCAGGUUUUCAAGCUUCAUGAGAAUGGUCUUGGCUACUCCGCGAGAGUGAUACACAGCAUCUUGUGCAGGGAGCUUCUGACUUACAUGAUGCACGAGCUGUGGUUUGUUUUCGCUCGAAGGCCACAUCGAUUUUCACUCCAAGAGUUCCACGCAGUGACCGGGUUUGAGUGCAGGACUAGUCUUUCACUUAAGAUUGACUUAGAAGACUAUGCAUAUGACGGUGGUUUCUGGAGCAAGGUCUUGAAGAGGAAAGAUGAAUCCAUUACACUCUUCAACCUGUGGAAUAAGGACAAGGCAGCUGUGAUGAAGUGGAAGAAUGCAGAUCGCAUUAGACUGAUCUACUUGGCCAUCAUUCUCUGUGUGGUUUUGGCGAGAGAUGAGAAGGCCAAUAUCCCCCUCAAAUACAUCACACUGGUCAUGGAUCUGGAGAAGUUUCGGAAGUAUCCUUGGGGAGUUGCGGCUUACGACCUUCUCUGCAGUUCGAUAGCCAAAAACCGUCACAAACUGAAGGAGAAGACAACAAGUUAUGUGUUAGAUGGAUUCUCAUACGCCUUGCAGAUUUGGGCUAUGGAAGCUGUACCAAAGAUUGGUAAGCUUUGUGGAAAGAAACUGGACAAAAGCUUUGCUAAUGGUCCUAGAUGCAUCAACUGGAGGGGAGCUGCAAAGGUUUCAUAUGAUGAGAUCAAUAGGCUGGAGCAAAUCUUUACAGCAGAGGUAAUUUUCUGUAUUUAAAAUGACUCUUCCAUGCGGCUUGAAAUGAGUUUUUAGGAUCUGACUUUCAUAACUUUUCUUGUGUAGGAUGUCAGCUAUCCAUACAUCUCAUGGGCAGGGAAUAUGGUUGUAAUCCGAAGUCAGGAAUUUAGCAGAGAUGAUGAUGUCGAGGAUGACAGGGUCAAUGUUGUGAUGGAGUUGAUACGGGCUAAGCAUGACUUCAGUGAGCAUAUUUGGGAAUUUGAAGAAACUGAGGUUUCUUUAGAUCUUAAUGAUGAAGCACCAGCGAAUGUUGAAGCAGCUGAGAGUGAGGAAGAGUUCGAGACUCCACAAGGAUCAAAUAACGUAAGCUCUACAUCAAGAAGAGGUAAGAAGAGGGUCCCUGAUCGUGGUAUGGAAAAAAGGAAGCAUAAGGUUCUCUCUAGUGCACCAAAGCAAGCGCCUUUUAACGAAGACAUGAAGGCUUUCGUGACACAGUUGUUUGAAGACAACUUCUCUGCAAUGGAAAAGAGGCUACAGAAACAGAUGUCCGAGACAUUUGAGCAAAUGAAGUCGGGCCUCAUUGCUUCCCGAAAAGAAGCAAGCGUUGAAGUUGAGCAUAGAGGGCCUUCACCGUCCAAGGCAACAACGAGCCAACCACCGUUGAGGAGGUCCACACGAGGGGUAAAGAAACUCUAAUCUUCGCCAAUCUCUGCAAUGUUUUUUUCUCUUGUUUAUUAGAUGGUUUCGGUGUCUGUUUGUGUUAUUGUCUUAUAUGAUAUCGGCCUGGAUUUUGUUGUGUUUUAUAAGGUCUCGGUUUGGAUGUGUGCUUGAUGUGUAAGUGUCUUGUUUGAAAUUUAUGUAAUGGUUGCGAACUUGUACUAAGAUAUUUAUGUAAUGUUUUAUUAAUGUGAUGGAUAUGUGGUGUUAUUAUUGUGUUGUUAUGUAAUGGUUGUGAACUUGUACUAAGAUAUUUAUGUAAGUGUCUUGCCAUUGUGUCUUACAGGAAGCAGUCGCGAGUCCAGUUAAAUUCAGUCAAGAUGAUGAUAUCUUUCGAGGGAUAGGUACUCAAGGCGUUGAAAAUCUUUCUCAGGCUUCGCAUGUGCCCGAAGUUGAUCCAUCUCAGACAGAUAAGGAAGAAGAUUGGUGGACUCCAAUGACUACAGCACGAGGUUCACGAGCUAAAGACAAAACACCACCUCCGUCACAGUGGAAGAAAUGGUCUAAAGGAAAUGGCAAAGGACCUCAGCUUAGUGAUACACCAUUGCCACAAGAUGAUUCUCCUGAGUCGCAACUGUAUUAUUUCUCUGAAGAAUCAUGGGACAGAUUCACGCAAUGGUCUAUGAAUCCCAUACCUUUGCAAAUUGGUCCUACAAUCUUCAAUUCGACUGUAGCUACAAGGAUAGUAUGUGCUGGAAAAUGGCUUGGGAACGACGUAAUGAUUUCUUUCUUUUGCUAAUUUGAUGGAUAUAUCUUCCUUGGUGCUGAGUUUAUGGUAAUUUUCAAUGUUCAGGAAAUGGAUGCUUAUAUGUUUAUAUGGCGAGUUAAAACAUCUUUGGGACGUUGGGGCCCAACCCGUGUUGCUUUCAUGUCCGCUAUUUUCAGCCUCCAACUCAACGCCGCAUACAAUGUGUUCCACCCUGACAAGAAAUCUUACCAAUUGCCUGAGUUUCUUCUUAGUUACGGGAGAGGAGAACUUCCAUCUCAUGGGCGGACUGAUCUAGUUUGGGGCGUUGAUAUUGAUCGUCUAUACUUUCCGUUGUUUGUGAACGGUAAUCAAUUUUGUCCUCUACACUUCGAUGUUCUCUUUUCUGAUCUUAAAUUUACUUAUGUCCAUUGCAGGUAAUCACUGGAUUGCUGUCACCGUAAACAUCAUUGAAAGAAAAGUGGAAGCUUUUGAUUGCGGUGGGAGAAGGAAUAAGAAUAGGCAAUCCCUUGAGAAGUUUGCUCACAUGAUUCCUAGGAUAGUGAAGGCCGUUGCACCACCUGAUAGACAGAAGAAGCUACUCCUGUCACCAUAUACUAUUGUGGAAGUCCCUAUGAAGAAGAGAUUGAACAAGUCAUGUUGUGAUUGCGGUGUAUACGCACUCAAACACUUGGAGUGCCUACUGCUUGGUGUCGACAUCAGCUUAGUGGAUGACGAAAUCAUCCAGGGUUGCAGACAAAAGAUUGGUGUGGAAUUAUGGGAGGCUACCCAAGAUCCCAUUUUCACUGAUGCUAUGACUCGAUAUGUACCUUCACCAUGGGAGAGGUCUGAG